CCCCUCUAAAAACCAUUACAUUUCGUGUAACUACAAACUCAGUUACCUCUUCUCCAAGCAACUCCGCCGGACUACAUUUUCCGAUCAUCACCACCACCGCCACCGGCCAUCUCAACCACCACCAGCCACCGUACAAUGUCAUGGCUCACCAGAACCAUCGCCAACAGCCUCAAACUCGACAACGAAAACCUCGAAGAAGACUUAUCGGAGCUCACCGAAACCCUAACUCGCCAAUAUCGUUGCGUAUCGUCAUUUCUCGCACCUAACGAGCGAUCUGAGCCGUCGGAUCUGGAACCGGAACCGAUUGCCGGAAUACGCAGAGAUUUUGCGGAGAUCGGAGGACGGUUUCGAAGUGGAAUUUCGAAAUUUGCUUCGGAGUUUCUUCAGGUGGAUUCGGAUGAUGAUGAUUGCGACUCGAGUGACGGUGACAGUGGUGGUGCGGUUGGUGUUACGGAUGAUGUGGUGGUGUUUGUUAGUGAUAUUGUUAUGCAUCCUGAAACUUGGCUUGAGUUUCCGUUACCGGAGGAUGAAGAUGAUGAUGAAGAUUUUGAUCUCUCUGAUGCACAACAAGAACAUGUUUACGCUGUUCAACGUUUAGCACCAACAUUGCGUGCUCUAAGGAUCGAGUUGUGCCCAAGUUAUAUGAGUGAGAGCUCUUUCUGGAAGAUAUAUUUUGUACUUUUGCAUCCAAGACUCGAACGCGAUGCUGCCGACCUUCUUUCAACACCCAAUAUUGUGAAAGCUAGAGCCUUGUUAACGCACGAGUUGAAGAACCGUUCCUGUUCAGAAAACACGUCUGAUUGUAAGUCAAAGUCUCUCCCGAUUGAGGUAUCUGCAAUGGAGACUGUAAAACACCCCGUAAAGAGUGAUGAUGUUCAGAUUGUAGACAAAUCUGUGAUUCAAGAGGAAACACAUGAAGUUAAAGAUGAAGACGAUUGGUUAAAGGAAGAAAGCCCGGAAAUUGUUGCAAUUCUCAUUGAGAAUAAUGAGGAUGUAUCAUUUAGUGACCUUAAGGAUGACGAUGAUGAUGAUGAUGGGAACAUCCCAAUACAUUACAAGAACGCAACAUACGCCUCAGAUUGUUCAACAAAAAGUUUAAGAGAUUCGGUACAAUUGAAUCGAAGCUCCGUAGAUCGUAAGGAUAGUGAUUCAUCGGCACAAGUAAGCGUUCAUGACUCUCAAAUGAAAGGAUCUAAUGAUUGGCUUGAUGUUGACAUUGAUGUGGCAUGACGUCCACGGUUAUAAUUCUUUUUCUAAUUCAUUAUCGAUGAACUAAUUGUUUGUGCUCGGGUAAAUAGUUUGUUUACACUUUCUAAAUGUGCAUAGAUCUGGCCAUCUGGGGAAUAUGUGCCACUUGAACUAGUUAUUAUGUACUUUGCUUACAAAACUUGAUAUAUACAUGGAUGCGUUGUGCAUCCGGCAUCGCCUAGGGUCUUUAAAA